CUUUGCACAUAGUAAGCGCUUAAUAAAUGCCAUUAUUAUUAUUACCAUUGGCUGACAUCAACGGCAGUGAGCCAGGUGUGUUCUGAAAACUCGGGCUCCUCAUCCUCUACCCGUCUCCCAGUUCACCAGGAUGACCCUUAUUGUCUCUCAAUUAUACGUUAGUUUUUUAAUCAUUCAGAAUACGGUUACCCUGUAGUCUUGCUGCCGGUAAAAUAUCAUUUUACACCGUUUAUGUAUAAUUCAUCCACCCAGUUGCAGGAGAGGAGAGGAGAGGAGUUGUGAAUUGUACACUGGGGUAACUAGUUCCUGGAAGCAAACGCGGACUCUCUUUUGCGGGUAGGGAGAAGCUAAUUGAAAGCAAGAUUUGGUUUCAUGUGUUGGGUAAUUUUUAGCAUGGAUUUGACGUUUCGGAUCUACGGUUGAUGAAGCUUUUAACGACUCAUUUUAUAGUGUGCAUUGCACCCAAUGGACACGCAAUAAACGUCAUCACUGCUACUACUACUAUUGAAUCAAUAUGUUUGCCGCUGCUACCAAGAACUUCGUUAAGCAAGUUGGCGAUGGAGGGAGAUUGGUUCCAGUGCCAAGCUUAAGUGAAGCUGACAAAUACCAACCUCUGAGCCUUGUGGUCAAAAAGAAGAGAUGUGUUCUGUUUCAAAGACCUAAAUUUACCUCUACGCCUUUCACCCUCAAAGAUAUUCUUCAGGGAGACAGAGACAUUUCGGCUGGCAUCUCAUCUUACCAGUUACUGAACUACGAAGACAAAUCCGACGUCUCACUCUGCGGGAGACGAGGAAACCAUAUGAUGACCGAUGUCGGGGUUAAUGUUGCUGGGUCCGAUUCCGUUGCAGUGAAAGCUUCGUUCGGUGUCGUGACCAAGCAUGAAGUGGAAGUCCCAACGUUACUCAAAGAACUUACCACUAGAAAAAUCAACUUUGACCACUGCCUCAUCCGUCAAUCCAGGGAGAAUAAGAAGGCCAUCUUGUGUGUGGUCAUGGAGAGCAUCAGGACAACACGACAGUGCUCAUUAUCAGUGCACGCGGGGAUGCGUGGGGAAGCCGUGAGAUUCCAUAUUAUUGAUGACCAAAAUCCCAAGGGAAGAGACAAAGCUAUUGUUUUUCCGGCACACACAACUAUAGCAUUCAGUGUCUUUGAACUUUACAUUCGCUUGGAUGGUGAGUUUGAACUCUGUUUCAGUUCAGUGUCAAAAGGAGGAUUUGAAAGAGAGGAAACUGCAACAUUUGCACUACUCUACAGAAUAAGAAAUAUCCUGUUCGAACGAAAUAGAAGGGUGAUGGAUGCCAUCUCUCGCUCCGACCUCUACUUGGAUGAUCUAUUUUCAGACUACUAUGAAAAACCCACGAGCAUGGCUGACGUCUCUGUCAGGGAAGGGACUCAUAACCGAGUUAACUUACUUAAUCACAACAUCCCAAAAGGGCCAUGCGUCUUAUGUGGCAUGGGGAACCAUAAACGGGAAACCGUGUACGGAUGCUUCGACUGUUCCAUCGACGGACAGAAGUACGUGCGACUCCAUGUUGUUCCCUGCUUUGAUCUUUGGCACAAGAGAAUGAGGUGAAUUUGGUCAGAGUUGCCUCAGCUGAACUUUCAGGUGGGAUCGUGCCACAGUACUUUUGAAAAUCAGCCAUUUUGGGGUUGAGUCAACGAAUUGCUCCUGAUACGAAUAAAUCCAAAAUAUUCGA